AUGUUCGACGUCAUCGCCACGUGGGCACGGAGCCCGGCGCGCGCCUGCCUCCCAUUGACCGCACGCCUUUUCCCACCCCACGCACGCGCUGCCCGCGGGGUAGUCCACUGGGCCAGUGCAGACAGGCAGGCUCUGUCACCCCCCCGAUACCCUGUCCCAAGUCAUAGCACGAGCGUGCAGCCGUUGACCUGUCCCCCCCUUUUCUCUCCAUGUCGCAUUGGCUCCUGCCGUGAGGCUGCCCUCCCUGGCAAAUAA